UGGACAGGGUCAAUGAAUAAGAAUCAUGUGACCUAUUCACCUGUGCUUCACUCGCUCUCUUUCCUCUCUCCUGUUUCAUAAAAAAACAUUCUUUUCCAACCAUUGCAACCACCAAAUACAUCGCAAAGUUUGGAUUUUUUUACUCUAUUCCUAUAUUAAAAAGUAUAUAAAUUUUGUAGUCCUCAAAGUUUUCUUGUAUAGUGUUCAGAUGUUAGAAUGGCUUCAAGAUUCAUCAAGUGUGUGACUGUUGGUGAUGGGGCUGUUGGCAAGACUUGUAUGCUCAUUUGCUACACCAGUAACAAGUUCCCCACAGAUUAUGUACCAACAGUUUUUGAUAACUUCAGUGCAAAUGUGGUAGUUGAAGGAACUACAGUUAACUUAGGGCUUUGGGACACAGCUGGUCAAGAAGAUUACAACAGACUAAGGCCUUUGAGCUACAGAGGAGCAGAUGUGUUCGUCCUAGCAUUUUCAUUAGUUAGUCGGGCAAGCUAUGAGAACAUAGUUAAAAAGUGGAUCCCAGAACUUCAGCAUUUUGCACCUGGGAUCCCAGUGGUACUAGUUGGCACCAAAUUAGAUCUUCGCGAGGAUAGGCACUACCUAGCUGAUCAUCCAGGAUUAGUUCCUGUGACCACUGUGCAGGGAGAGGAGCUCCGUAAACAAAUUGGUGCUGCUUACUAUAUUGAAUGCAGCUCUAAAACUCAACAGAACGUAAAAGCAGUUUUUGAUGCUGCUAUCAGGGUAGUUAUCAAGCCACAGCAAAAACAAAGGGAGAAGAAAAAGCCGCGUCAAGGAUGCUUUCCAAAUCUCUUUUGUGGGAGAAGAAUAACCCGCGCUCCAAAUAAGUAAUUGUUUCAAAUGCUCCUUGUUCAAUAUUCUGACUAAAGAAAUUGGACUAGUUGCUCUUCCCGACCUUGAAAAGUUGUAUAUUCCAUCCUGUUUGACAUGCUGUUAUUUGUGUUUAGUCCUAUAUUAUUUGUCCAAGUGCAGUGAUUUCAGGAAGAAGAAUCUAUAUGAAUUCUUGGUUGUUUAUUUUGUGCUUUGUUGUAAAGCUGGAAGUCAAAAAUUGUUCUUCCUUACACAUAGUGAUAUAGCUUUGUUGGCUUGAAUGCAGUAUAGCCUCCAAUCAAGAUUGUAAGUUGGGAUCUUCAUUGUUGUGAAUUUUAUUUUCCUUGCAAGAUCUUACUUCAUAGUAAGUUGGAUUUAAUUUUCCUUUCAAGAAUU